UCUCUAUGAUACCCUGACGUAGAGAUAGGAGGCCGGGUCUUUUUUUUUCUUUUUUUUUUCCGCCUAAGUUAGUAGGGAAUGCGUUGUGUUGACCCUCCUACUGGACCGCUCUGUUUUGGGUUGUCCGUCUAGCUGUCUAUGAUUCUCUUAAAGGGGCCGCUUGGCUUCCAGAGCUGCGGGGUCCCGAGAUGUUACUUACGGUGAAGGCGCUCCAGGGCCGGGAAUGCAGCCUCCAGGUCUCUCCUGAUGAGCGCAUCUCCUCUCUCAAGCGUCUUGUCUCAGAAAAGCUGAAUGUCCCAAUCUCUCAACAGCGCUUACUUUUCAAAGGCAAAGCUCUGGCAGAUGAACAUCGUUUGUCUGAUUACUCUAUUGGACCUGAGUCAAAGCUCAACCUUGUGAUCAAGCCUUUGGAGAAGGCAUCACCUGAGGAUCCUACCAGCAGAGCUGGCCUCCCACAGAGUUCAACCAUCUGGCACAUGCUGGCCCAAAUCCUGAGCAGGCAUUACACUGUGGCUGAUACUGAGAAAGUGCUGGAGCAGGAUUAUGAGCGGAGCCUUCGAUUGCUGAGCCUAGAUGACAUAGAGCGUUUAGCCACCCGCUUGCUUCAUCCUGAAGUAGCGGAGGCUGUGGAAAUGGGUUUUUUGGAUUAGCUGCUGGUGAAUUGAGCCCUAUUCAUCACUUUGGACAGUAAACCCCUGGGCAGGGCCCAGUUUGGGGCCUAAUGCGAGUGAUUUCUCUGGACUGCUGUUAAAGGGUCACGGAGCAUAUGUAACUUCUCCCCAUCAAUUAAAAGUGGUGAUAGGUGAGAUUAAUCUGUUCUGUCUAGUAUGUUCAACAGAUGGCAUUCUUUAGAGAAAUUGUUUGCCUUUUCUUGAGAGACGCAGUUACCUUUGCAGUUGAGGGUGGCUUUGUUUAUAUUUGAAUUUCUUGUUUAACCCCAAAGCCUGGUUGCAUCUAAUAGACUCCUUUUUUAUUGUUUUACUCAAAGGCUUUUCUGGCCAUAAAAGUUCACUGAAGCUUCCAGGCAGAAAAUCAAAUCUGAAUAAUACAAAUUUGAAUUAUGACUUUUCAAAACUAGCAUUGAUACUCUCCAGAAUGACUACGCAAGCUUUGACAAUGUAAGGGACUUAUUCCGAGUCCCCUGUUUAAUUAGCAUUGUUAGAUAGGAAAACAUUUGUCAGAUAUUUUAGAUUGUUAAAUGUUUCAAGAAACAAGAUAACUGAAUGUUAAUCAGAUGGCUAAGCAGUGUUUACUGGCAGAGAUCUGCAUAUAUUCUGUAUGUUUAAUAUUUCUUAGGUAGAUCAAUUGAGCCCUUGUAGCAAUGCAUUCAGCUGCAAUCCAGAGCACACCUAAAUUUGCUGGUUCACUGCCCAAAACACCCUUCCCCAAAUUAAGUGCAAUCCAGAUGUGUGGUAGGGUUUUUUCAACUUCCAGAAUUCCCAAUCAACAUCUGGAGAGCACUUAAUUUGGGAAGGCUGGGCUCAGGAAUUGUUAGAAUAAGGCAGCAGAUGUCCCUAGAAAAGCAGAUCUACUGCCUUGGCUAAAAGCCAGGCCUCUCUAUCUAAGCCCUCCCCUUUCACCUGGUAGUAUUUUUUAUUGCAGAUCCUGAAAAUGGGGUAGAGUUACAAGUUGAUUAUGAGCCACACAGAGAAGGAUUGUGUCUAUGACCCCUUAUUUUUAUUGAUGUAUCCAUAUUCCUGAGUUAUACAAGAACAGGAUUUGGUUAAGUAAUUAUUGACUCCAAUGAAAGAAGAAAAACAAAAGACCUCCUACUAAAUUUGUCUGUGGUGUUUUCUUAUCCUUACGGAGAUGGUUUAAAUGAAGCAGACAAAAGUAUGGUAUAUCCAGCCUUCCAUGAAAAUGUGACUUAUGAUUGCUCUUUAAAUCAUUGAUAAAUGAACCUCACUUUUAGAAUUAUGUUUUAGUAAUCUGUCCAUGCCAUGCUUGAUUUUACAUGUCUCAAUCAGGUUCCUCCAAUGUCUCUUGUUUUUUAAGAUAGGAUCUCAAAUGCUGUAGCCUAUUAAAAAAAAUCAAACAUGGUUAUCAGAAUUGUCUGGAAUAUUACAGAUGUGGAUGCAAGGGUAUUAAAGUUUUGGCAGUUUUA